AUAUAUCUCAAUAAAAUGAAGAUAAAAAAAUUCAUUUGAGCUGAAAUUUUUGUAAGAGACUAAUUGUUUAUAUGCUGCAGAAGGUCAAAGAUUAAUGCAAGAAAGAGAGGUUCCAGAAUAUCUUAACCAUGUAAGUAAACGUUUAGAAGAAGGAGACCGAGUAAUCACCUAUUUAGCCCACAGUACACAGAAACCACUGAUUGCCUGUGUGGGAAAACAGUUAUUAGGAGAACAUUUAACAGCAAUUCUGCAGAAAGGGCUUGAUCACUUACUCGAUGAGAAUAGAGUACCUGAUCUCACACAGAUGUACCAGUUGUUCAGUCGAGUAAAAGGCGGCCAGCAGAUAUUACUGCAGCACUGGAGUGAAUACAUAAAGACUUUUGAAACAACAAUAGUUAUCAAUCCUGAAAAAGAUAAAGAUAUGGUGCAAGACCUGCUAGAUUUUAAAGAUAAAGUGUACCACAUCAUAGAAGUGUGCUUUCAGAAAAAUGAAAAAUUUAUCAACUUGAUGAAGGAAUCCUUUGAAACAUUUAUCAACGAGAGAACAAAUAAGCCUGCAGAACUGAUUGCAAAGCAUGUUGAUUCAAAGUUAAGAGCGGGUAAUAAAGAAGCAACUGAUGAAGAACUAGAAAGAAUCCUUGACAAAAUCAUGAUAAUAUUCAGGUUUAUUCAUGGUAAAGAUGUUUUUGAAGCAUUUUAUAAAAAAGACUUGGCAAAAAGACUUCUUGUUGGAAAAAGUGCCUCAAUAGAUGCUGAAAAGUCUGUGUUGUCAAAACUAAAACAUGAAUGUGGUGCUGCAUUCACCAGCAAACUGGAAGGUAUGUUCAAGGACAUGGAACUUUCAAAAGACAUCAUGGUUCAUUUUAAGCAGUAUAUGCAGAAUCGAAGUGAUCCAGGAUCUAUCGCUCUAACAGUAAUUAUACUUACAAUGGGAUACUGGCCAACAUACACACCUAUGGAAGUACAUUUAACUCCAGAAAUGAUUAAACUUCAGGAAGUAUUUAAAACAUUUUAUCUUGGAAAGCACAGUGGUCGAAAACUUCAGUGGCAAACAACUUUGGGACAUGCUGCUUUAAAAGCUGAGUUUAAAGAAGGAACGAAGGAGUUUCAGGUGUCUCUUUUCCAAACAUUAGUGCUGCUCAUGUUUAACAAAGAAGAUGAAUUCAGUUUUGAAGAAAUAAAAAUGGCUACUGGUAUAGAGAAUAGUGAAUUGCGAAGAACAUUACAAUCACUGGCUUGUGGUAAAGCACGUGUGCUGAUUAAAAGUUCAAAAGUAAAGGAUGUUGAAGAUGGAGACAAAUUCAUUUUUAAUGGAGAGUUCAAGCACAAGUUGUUUAGAAUAAAGAUCAAUCAAAUUCAGAUGAAAGAAACUGUUGAGGAAAAAGUUAGCACCAGGGAAAGAGUGUUUCAGGAUAGACAAUACCAGAUUGAUGCUGCUAUAUUAAGAAUAAUGAAAAUGAGAAAUACUCUUGGUCAUAAUCUUCUAGUCUCUGAAUUAUAUAAUCAGCUGAAAUUUCCAGUAAAGCCUGGAGAUCUAAAAAAGAGAAUUGAAUCUCUUAUAGAAAGAGCCUAUAUGGAGAGAGAGAAAGACAAUCUGAAUCAGUACCACUACGUGGCAUAAUGAAGUCAGCAGACUAUUUUCUUUUAGUAGAACACUAGAAUGUGUCUUCAGAGCAAUGAAACACAUCUGUGCUGUUUCCAAGCUUUUUUGUGAUUGAACCAGCUGCAGAUACUUUUGGCUUAGAAGGAAAGGAAAUGAUUCUUGGAUCAUCCUUUACAAGGGUUAAGAGUUUUCAUGUGGCAUAUGUACUUUUCUCCCCUUCAGUUCUCUUGUUCAUUUAGACAUUUAAAUUGUUUCUGGUGCUCUGUGCAAAAUAAUUUUGAGAUUGGACAAGAAGAUAUUGGUUAAAAG